CGCAAGGGGAACAAAGAUGGCUAUGGAUCUAUCGGCCAUUUUCUAAAGUGAGACAGAAUAAAGUGUUUUUUGCGAAUUUUGCGGUUUUUUCGUGAUAAUUCGGCGAUUUCCUUAUUGGAACAGUAACCCAAGAUGUUUGAUCCCAACGUCAUAACGACCACAACGCAACAGACCCAAAUCCAGUACCAACAACAGCCGCCGGAAAAAGACAAAAACGGCCAGGAGCAAAAGCAAGAUUUCGCCCCUUUCUGUUACGCCAACGUCAACAUGAUCCAGAAAAUCGCACCCCAAACUCAACAUUCCACCAUCAACAUGUCGCAGUUAACUGAUGACAAAUGCUACAUUACUCAACCAGCUUUCAGCUAUAACUAUACUCUUGUUAAUCAAAAUCUGCUAACCCAAAACGCUAUAUCAAACAUUACUUUUAAAUGUGACGUUUGCGGACUGAUGUUUGCUCAUAUAAAUCUUCUAAACCACCACAAAAAAGUAAACCACGGACAGACUGAUCAGCAACAGGCCCAGCAACAACAAAUCACUGUCCAACUGAUGCCUACUCAAGUUCAACAAGCUCAACAACCGACACAAAUUCAAAUAGUAUCUGCAGAUCGGAUAAGGUUUUCGUGCGAAGAAUGCGGAAUGACAUUUGCCACUCAGGGCGAAUUGAAAACGCACAAGAUACAAAAUCACCAGCAGGCGCAGCAGCAACAGCAAGUCCAAACUCAGGCGCAACAACAACAAACUGUGCAGCAAGUUAAUACUCUGAAAAUUAAGAAUUGUGAGACUUGUGGUGCUCCUUUGCCACAAGAUACUAACAAGAAACGGGCUGUUAUGAAAGUCAAGUGUGAAAACUGUCUCAGUGCAGAAGCAAUACAGCCUCAAAUAUUUGUAGUGGCCGCUUCACCUGAUGAGGCUACACAAGUGAAAUUUGAAGAAACGGGAACGGAUGCUCAAAACCCUUCAGGUCUUGGCACACAAAAUUCAAUCCCAAUCGGUAUUAAAAACAAUCAUCCAGUUAAAAAACGAGGAGUCGCUAGUGUUACAAAAUGUACCAAAUGCAACGGAAGCGGUAUUAUAUUUAUUGGAGGCACGAAAAAUCAGCAGAACAGUGCCGAUAAACCAUUUCAUUGUAAUAUUUGCAAUGGCUCUUUUAGCAGAUACUCAUCAUUGUGGUCGCACAAAAGAUUGCAUUCCGGAGAGAAAAACUUCAAGUGCAAUAUUUGCGGUUUGGCAUUCGCCAAAGCAGCCUACCUAAAGAAUCACUCUCGGAUACACACUGGAGAAAAACCUUAUCGGUGUGGUGUAUGCGGUAUGCAAUUUUCACAGUCGCCUCACUUGAAAAAUCACGAACGGAUACAUUCGGGCGAGCGGCCAUACGUUUGUGAAGUUUGCGACAAAUCGUUUGCCAGACAUUCAACCUUGUGGAAUCACAGGAGGAUCCAUACAGGCGAAAAACCAUACAGGUGUGACAUUUGCAGUUCGUGUUUCAAUCAGGCGACACAUUUGAAGAACCAUCAGAAAGUGCACUCUGGAGAAAAACCAUUCAAAUGUGAUAUUUGUACUGUAGGAUUUUCAGACAGAUUUGCCCUAAAAAGACACAGGAAUAUCCACGAAAAAUACGGUAGGACGAAACCGAUGACUCAGGGUCAGGCUGAGGGUGUAUCUUUAGAUGUGUCAGCAGAUGCCAUUGCUCAGGAUGAUGUAGAACAGGAAGAAUUAUUAGAGGCAAAGUUUGAAGGAAAAUAUGAAGAGGUUGACGAUGAUAUGGGCGAGGAAAUGGAGGAGAUUGCAGAGCUACAGGUCCAAUUGCAAUAAAAUUAUGCUUCCUUUUAAAUAAAUAUAAUUCUAGGUAUCAAUAAUUAGUAUUUAUGAUUGUGACCAGAAAUUUUUUCAGUUUUAAACAUUUUAGCCAAAUUUUUAUAGUAAUUACAAGAUUCCUUGUUUUUGUUAAUAAUAAUCAUCAGGAACAUUGUUUCAAAUGUCUUGUCUUAUUAGAAUUAUUUUUAUUUCAUAUUAGUAACAUUUUUGUUUACCAGAAUUGUUUUCAGUUAGAAUUAAUAUUUUUUUUGUAUAUAUGACGUUUCAUUGAUAUGCCCUAGGAAAUCGAUUUAAUGAU